AUGCCUCCACGCAUACGAGCGCGACUGCAGGCAAACCAGCUUCGUCCGGCAGCACCACGAACACACUACGUUUGCUGGCAAUGCAGACAUGCGUCAGUCGCGACUGCAACGACGCCGGCACCAUCAAUAGACCAGACUCUACAAGCAGCGCCUCCGAUUGCGCGAUAUCCUCCGACACAACCGCCAUCAUACAAACCUCCUGAGUUCCGCAAGUCACAACUCCAUCGGCAGUACCAAUCAGUACUACGAUCAUCACCCUUGAUGCUCAUAUUCCAACACAACAACCUGAAAUCAACAGAAUGGGCAGGCAUUCGCCGAGAGUUAGCAACGGCGAUGGGCAAGGUGGACGAAGAGCUGGCGAAGAAUGGCAACGCGGAGUACAUAGGUCGCGACACGAGAAUUGCGGUCGUGCAGACUGGCAUCUUCGCAUCAGCACUAAAAGUCGUGGAGUUCUGGGAUCCCAACUUCGAGCCUGAGCCGCCGGGCACCGAGCCUACAGAUGCUCUGACAGCUACCUCGGCGAACUUGCAAAAAAUGAAGCCAGAAAGACUCCUUAGACAUGGCUUGUCGAAGGCGGCACACACAGCAGUCAAGAAGAGAAAGCACGCCAGGCACGGUCUUGAGCCGCUGCUGUCAGGACCACUUGCAGUCCUGACUUUGCCAUCAGUAUCACCACAGCAUCUCAAGGCUGCGCUCUCAAUCCUCUCGCCAUCCAAAGAGUUCCCAGCGCCGAAGAGGAAAGCAAAUCCCAGCUAUCACGAACCUGCUGUACAGAAUGGGCUGCUAAAGCUAAUGCUAUUGGGAGCACGUGUGGAGGGCAAGGCAUUUGAUGCAGAUGGCGCGAAGUGGGUCGGAAGCAUUGCGGGUGGGCUGGAAGGCCUUCGUGGACAGUUGGUGGCGAUGUUGUCGGGUGUUGGGGCAGGCAUCACAACGACGCUUGAAGCGGCUUCGAAGAGCUUGUACUUGACGAUUGAAGGCCGGAGGACGAUGCUCGAAGAAGAGGAGAAGCCUAAGGAGGAGAAGCCCAAAGACGAGAGCAGCUAA